GAAUUGCAGGAAAACAUUAUUCUGUACCAUGUGGUACCUGGGCAUGCACCAAAGUUUAAAACAUUAACGUCAAGUUUUGCAAAGAAUGUGAGUGAUGAUAUUGAUUCUAAAUUAUUUGAACAAAAGCAUUUUCUUACGCUUGCAAAUUCGAUAGAUGAAAAGCAUGAAACUGCUGCUUACAUUAAAAAUAUUCCAUAUAAUUUUCAACUG